AUGCCCCCAAGAGAGAACGCGACGCCGAAUAGCGCCGCCAUCGUUCUAUCUAAACUAGAUCAAGGAUUUCCCCCGGAGCACGUCAGGAAAGCACCUAGGCCUUCCCCACACGCCCUCAGCACGGCCGCGCCGAAUUUGCGCCAUCUUGCUGCACACCCCCUCCACCUCGCGCUCCGGAGGCCUCGCCAGAUCCGUGUCGCGCUGCUGCACUCCCCCCUCCACCUCGCGCGCCGGCGGCCGCGCCGGAUCCGCGCCACCCACGCCGCCACAGGGCAACCGCCGCAGCCCCGCAGCGAACCCGGAUCGGGCCCGACCCCUGCCCAUGGAGCGUCGCCGCCGCUUCGAUCCUCGCAGACGCACGCGCCAACCCGCCGCCGCGAUUGCGGCUCUCCAGAUCCGCGCGUGCCCGCAUGGUGGCGCCCCUCAGUCCACGCGCGCCGCCCAAUCUCCAGCGCGCAACGCCGCGCCGCCCAGCCUCCAGCGGGCGCAGGCCGCACCGCGCUCGCGCCCGACAGCGCCUUCCUCAGCCCAGGGGAGCAGCCCCGCGCAGCUCCUGUAGCAGGCGAGAGGAAGAGAAGGCCCGCCGCCGCCGACGUCGCGCGGGCUUUGCUCGGCGGUGCUCGCCGGCGGCGGCGGAGGGAGGGGUGGUGGGGAUGCGACCUCCGGCGGCUAGGGUUUCGCGCCCGGGCCGCCCCGCGGGGGAGCGGCACGGGGCCGGGUCUAGCAGCUGUCCACCUAUCGAAUUUGUUAAGUCCGGCUGUGGAUGCUCUAAACCAUGGUCCCAGCCGGGUAAGAUGUCGUCGUUGAGGAAGGAAGCCUGCAAGUUCCAUAUCGUCACUGAUGAUUAUUGCUCUGCCAACUCCCAUCCAUCAGCAGCUGAUUUGACUAGCACCAGUACUUGCUG